AUGGACGAACCCCAACAAUAUUGCUUGCGGUGGAAACACCACCACUCCAACGUCCAGAGCAUGUUUGCCCAACUUUUGGAAAAAGAACGCUUCUGCGAUGUCACAUUGUACUGCUCGCCGAGUUUCGCCACGCAAGUGCCAAACAAAGACACGGUCGACCCUAGAAAUAUACGCGGAGUGUCCCUCAGGGCACAUAGAGUGGUAUUAGCAGCAUGUUCGGAAUUGCUUGGAGCUUUACUCGGAGCUCACGAGACGCAUGGCGAGCCAGUACUAGUGAUAGACGGCGCGGAACCUCGCCAUCUGAAGGCACUCUUAGACUAUAUGUACACUGGCGAGAUGAAUGUACACGAUUCCCAAUUAGAAGGAUUAUUGAAAACGGCUAAAGAACUUCGCAUCAAAGGCUUGACGGAUAUACGGUGGAAUAAUAAAGAUGAGCCGCCUGACUGUUCCACGGGCGCAGUAACUACUACAGCUGCCCACAACAGACGACUAGACCAAAAAGCGAAUGACAAACAAGAAAAGCAAGACAAACAAGAAAGCAAGAAUACACUAACAAAGAAUCCGCAAGACUGCAAGAAUACAACUAAGAAUACUCAAGACAAGAAUACAUAUACAAAAACACCGGACUUGGAUAUUGUUAAAGAAGACGAUAUAGAUGAUGUGAAUAGAGAAAAAUUUAGUGUUAAUGGAGGUCCUCCGCCGCUAAUAAAAUUGCAAACAAAAGAGAAAUCUAGUCCUGCCAAAAGGGAAAUGUCUGACACGGAAAGUCCAAGCCCGAAACGGCAAAGAGUCACAAGCGCUACAGAACACACGGACGACGAAAAUAGUCAGAUUAAAAUGGAAAGAGAUCAAGAAUGGCGGCAUGGGAACUUGGACAUAACAGCGGAAAGAGUGGUGGGAUGGGGAGUAACGGAUACAGAGGGGGGAUGGUCCCGGGAUCAGUCCGAUGAGGAAUGGGCGGACCCGCCCGCGGAUAUCGGAUCUUUUCUAAGGACAAAAUUGAAAGUAGACGGAGAUAAUAGUGGAGAUGAAGAAUCCGACGGUAGCGCGGCGGGGGCGCCGGCGCAUGCGUCGUCUUCUUCAUCCACAAACAGUACUGCGCAUAUAGACUAUAUCAAACCAAACAAAUUAGGCGUCCAAGACCCAAGGUUUAUGGAUGUGGUGAAAUUGAACGAUUAUUUGCAGCAUGGCCGAAGACCACAAUUUUGGGAGGAGAAUUAUGUCAAAAGGGUUAUGGAGGCUGUUCGUCUCAAGGAGUUGGAGAUGAAGCAGGCGGCUGAAAUAUUGGGGGUCAGCUAUGGGACAUUGUAUGGGAGAUAUAGAGAUGUGUAUGGGUGUAUCAAUAGGCCGUAUCGUACGGCUCGAGAUUUCUGGCAGGCGAAGGGCCCAUCAGAGAUAUUGGAGCGUCUGCAGCGAGGUGACCUGGGACUCGAAGCCGCGGCCCUCGCUUUGGGCGUCAAUCCCGGCAACUUGGCCGCGUACGUGUCGGACAUGGCGGAUAAAGACUUCGAACCUGUACCCAUCGAGUUGGAUCCCUCAUUGAAGAUGCGCCCGCGCACUUAUAACGCCGCGAACACGAUAGCCGUCGCGAAGUCUCUCAGGAAGUCUGAUAAAACUUCAAGCAAAAAAGUGGUGUUAGGAAGUCCAGCUGAGGAAGACCAUCAGCCACUGAUACCAGCCACUACCGUCGUCACACAGGAGAAACUGACACAACCCGCCUGCAGUGGUAAAUGGCCGUCAAUCAGAGUGGCCAGUCUCGAAUCGCUUAGGGGUAACGACAAUCCCCCAUCCCCAUCUCCAUCCCCGUCUUCAUCCCCAUCCCCCUCACAGCUGAUGAGGACACGACCAGACCUCACGAUAGUAGCGAGACACAACAAGGGUGACACG